AGUCUGGUAUACCGUUUUCCGAGGUGCUUUGUAAGAAUCGCUAUGUCGGCCGAACGUUUAUCCAGCCUUCCACGCGGCUUCGUCAAUUAGGCGUGGCCAAGAAAUUUGGUGCACUCUCCGUUAAUUGCGAAGGCAAACGAGUGGUUCUGAUUGAUGACUCAAUAGUGCGUGGCAACACCAUUGGCCCCAUCAUUAAACUAUUGCGGGAUGCUGGUGCCAAGGAGGUCCAUGUUCGUAUCGCUAGCCCUCCGCUUAUGUACCCCUGCUAUAUGGGGAUUAAUAUACCAACAAGGGAAGAACUGAUUGCAAAUAAACUGCAGCCAGACGAGCUAGCUGAGCAUGUCGGCGCUGACAGUUUGAAAUAUCUCAGCGUUGCCGGACUUAUUAAAGCUGUCGAAAGAAACAAGGCAAACACAAACCCUAUUAAAUCCGGAUAUUGCACAGCAUGCCUUACUGGAGAGUAUCCAGGUGGUCUGCCUGAGGAACUUAGCUGGUAAUUCAUAAACACGCAGGAGCAAAUAUUUUUACGUAUUUAAGUAUUUAUAGCUUAAUUAGGGUUAAAAAACAUAAAUUUAAUUUAUUUAUACCUCAGUUAAAUAUUGAAGAAGAAUACAUAAAAAAUGUAACACUUUUAAGAAAGCAUUAAUUUUUAUAAAUUACAUAUAAAUAAAU